AUGAGCGGGUGUGGCGCGGCGCCGGGGCCUCGCGGGGACGGGCUGCCCGGGCUGCCGCCGCUGCCCCGGGGCCUGCGCGGGCUGCUGCGCUCGGCGGCGGGCGGCGGCGCGGGCGGCUGGCGGCGGCUGGAGCGGCUGUACGCGCAGAGGUGGCGCAUCCAGGACGAGCUGAGCUGCGGGGCCCGGGCCUCGGCGCCCCCCAAGCCCCCCAGCCUGGACGCCGCGCUGGCGCUGCUGCGCAGGGAGAUGGUUGGCCUCCGCCAGCUGGACAUGUCCUUGCUGUGCCAGCUGUACCACCUGCAUGAGUCCAUUCAGGAGUACAAGGGGGCAUGCCAGGCAGCGUCCCCGGACCGCACUUCAGCGCUGGAGAACGGCCUCUUUGACGAGCAGGAGGAGUAUUUCCAGGAGCAGAAGUCGCUCCACGCCGGGAGGGACCGAGGCCCCCCUCGGGACAUGUUGCUGUCCCCUUCUCCAGCGGUCUCCCCACUCUCUGGCCACGACUGGAUUCUGGAGUCUCUGUAGAGGCCCCAGGAGGCACGUGACUGCCGGGGAAGCCCUUGCUGCCGGCCACCUGCCAGCCCGCCUGUCGUCUGGCAGGGGAGCACCUCCUUUGCUCUGCCGGGGACGGGGCUCAGCAUGAGGACUGACGCUGCCCGUUGGAGUGGCAGGCUGGGAGGUCACAGCAUGUUCCGACGGCUGCAGCUUCUGCUGAGGUGACCCGGAGGGGCUGAGCAGUACCCUGGACACCCUUGCUGGAGGUGCACCUGCUGGGGAUUCACGAGAACACACCACGGGGAUCCCCGGCAAAGGCCUCCGCUGGUGUUUUGUGUGCGGCAACUCUUAGCUAGUGACUUCCUUGCAGGUGGCAGGUCAUUGACACCCUCUUUGUCCUGGGGCUCCUGCUGCAGGUUGUGCCUGUUGAAACCAGCAUUUCUUGGCUGCCUCCCUGCAGCUGUUCCUGCAGCUUCGGGAGCCUUUAAGCGUCUCGGCUCAGCCUUAUUGAUUUGUAAGCUGCGUUAUGCGCUAUUCAGGUGACUCAGUAAAAGCUUUUAGUGACAAAGUAAA